AUGUGCAACGCGACUAAUUUUGGUGGUCUUUACAGCAUAAUGGCAAACAAAGCUUUGUUCGAAUUAUCUUUGGUAAACGAUAGCGCAGAAUACAAAGGGAUUGCUCUAAUCGACAUGAACAACUGCAAUUCUGUCCAUCUAGACUUUCCAGACGACGAUUACUACCAUCUCCUCGUGUACGACAACAGCUUUCACGUUACCACGAAAAAUAAGGAAAAGUGCGGCCAAGAGCACAGCCCCUGCAUGAUCCGAUACAAUCACGAUGGAGAGCAAAUUGGCGAACCAGUGCCCUUUCCUCCAAAGAAUUACAGGCAGGGGUACGCUAUGGUCGUGGACCGGCACAAUUCGAGCAGUGGAGGAUUUUUUACCACAUAUGAGAAAAUCGACCGCAAUGAAUAUCAGAUGAACGUCAGUCGCGUGAGCAACGAUGGCACCGAAAUGGUCCUUUUAAAAAAUUACGUUGUGAGAAAGAAUGUCGAGGGUGCCCAGGUGCAGUCGAACGAGUACGGCUACUUUUCGUUCUGCCACAGGCAAUUUGAGUUACGUGGAGUGAUUACCUGUAAGCAAUACGAUACGAUGGGCCAAGUAUUGAUAAAUGGUUGGUUCUACUUGCCAUGGAAACACAAGAUGAUUAAAGUGUUCAAUUUGCGCCGAGGUGGCAUGAUCCUCAUGUACUUUAAGUGCAGUAGUUUCGCGUGCGCUAGCUCCAACGUAAAACUAAGAGUGAUGAGCUACAAGGAUGCCAGAUACGUCCAGCUAACCAAAGUCGGGUUGUAUACUUACUCUGGAAGAGAAGGGCAGGAGUUCAGCAUCGACCACAUGGAAACGGAGACUCAGCACUGCUUUUACUUUGUCAAUGGGCCAAAACGCUGGCGCGACAAGAAGACUGUAUUUAGAUAUAUGAAAAAAUGCAUCAAAAAAUAGGCUGGCACCUUGCAACUGUGAGUCUUUUGGCUCACUUAGACUUUGUGCUAAAAGUUUUGUAGCACAAUUUCUUGGCUUUUUUAAAUUUUCUUAUUCAUAAAACUUUAUCUUCUGUGAUUACGCAGAAAAGAGAAAUUUUCGAUCAUAAGCAAGUAAUUUAUUUAUAUGGAUUCAUGUAAAAAAUGCACUGAUGUAAUUAUAUAUUUUUUGAUAAAAUAUGUUCUUUAUUCGUUUUUCUCGUAAUCAUCCAAUCACUUGAAUUUGUUGAUGAAACAGUCGACAAAAAUGCUGUGUACGUAAACUGUCGUAGC